GGAGAGGUGGUGUGGGAUUGUUUUUAUUGUGGUGUAGUGUAUGAAUAGUGUGUCGUCUGCAGCGAGGUUCCAGUGGCCAAGUGACUACGGUGAGGUAUACAGUAGGAGGACUCCAGUGUAGAAAUGGCAGGGGAUAAGUCCGCGGACAACACCAAGAAAAUCAUCGGCAUCGAUGACAUCACCGACACCAAGACCAUAUGGCGGUGUCUGGCAGCCGAGUUAAUCGGCACCCUCUUGUUGGUGCUGGUCGGCACGGGAUCCUGUACCGGCGUGCAGGUCAGCAAUACCGGAGAUCCCGUCGUCAGGAUCGCUCUUACCUUCGGCUUCAUCAUCGCCACCAUGGUCCAGUGUAUCGGCCACGUAUCCGGGUGCCACAUCAACCCUGCUGUCACCUGCGGACUCCUGGUUACCGGCCAUAUCAGCAUCCUCAAGGCUAUCUUCUACGUCAUCGUCCAGUGCAUAGGUGCCAUCGGCGGCUCUGCCAUACUCAAGAUCAUCACUCCUGAGGGGCUGAGGGGUAACCUCUGCAUGACUACUCUGAGCACUGGCGUCACUCCUAUGAUGGGAUUCUUGGUGGAAGCCUGCAUCACCUUCGUCCUGGUCCUGCUGGUCCAGAGUGUCUGUGAUGACCGCCGGAAGGACUUGGGUAACGCCGCCCCCGUGGCCGUCGGUCUCGCCAUCACCUGUUGCCAUCUCGCCGCAAUAAAAUACACUGGAUCAAGCAUGAACCCCGCCAGGUCUUUCGGGCCCGCAGUCAUUGGUGACAACAACUGGGACAAUCACUGGGUGUACUGGGUGGGCCCCAUCGUGGGGGGAGUGGUUGCUGGCAUCGCGUACCGUGCCCUCUUCAGAGCCAGGAAGCCAGAUGAGGAGGCCAGUUCCUACGACUUCUAAACCACACAAGACGUUCCUUCAGACCCACCAGCAGCAAGCUCCAGACUGUAGUGCAUGGACUAUGAUCAGUUACCUGUGCCUGGCCGACCUACGUCCACUGUAAACUUGCAACAUUAUGGCCACUUUAAAGUUUUGUUUUUAAAUUUUACGAAAUUUGUAAAUUAAAUUAUUUCCAGUUACAAAACUUUUAUCACUGUGUAAAGUAUCGAACGAAAUUGUCAAAGCAAAAAUACUGUCUUUGCUAAUACUAAUUUAAUUCUGUAAAGUUCAGAUAAUGUUAAAUCUUUAAUUAUAUUGCUGUAUGAUAACAAAUUGAAAGUGGAAAUUAAGUAAAUUUGUAAUAGCUUGUAAAUAGUAGUAAAUACAUAUUAUUUUGUCAUAGCAAAGAAUCAAACAUGGAAGAUUCAAUAUUUAUAGAUAGUUUCAAGAUAAGUCCAUUAUUAUCAUAUUUAAACAAGAUGUGCCAGCCUUAAAACUGUUUGUAUUGACACUAGCUUGGUAUUUAGAACUUUUAUCAAACAAAUUUGUGAAGAAUGCUCUUAUCUCUGCUAUGUACUAUUACGUAACUGAUUCCAAGAAGGGUGCAACUGGUGCUGAUAAGGAGGGUUUAUCUUAAUUUAAAAUGUGCCUGUAAAUUAUAUCUAGAAUGUUCAAGCUCUCACGUCACUCUUUAAUAUUGAACACCCCCAACUUUGUAAUCACUUUUGCAGAAAUUGAACUGUGUUGGCAGAUUGCAACAUUCCUGAAACACUAGAAUAAAGACAAGUUUUAGUUUAAUUAAGUACCAAAGAUAACAGGAAGGUGCCUGCGCCAAACGUGGUUCAACCCAUGAUUAUUCACACCAGUUUAUGUGAAAAAUUAAUAUUUUCACACCAAUUUUUUUCAAAACUCAAGAAAUCAACGAGGCUGAAUUUAUAUUUACUUGUAAAUAUGUCUUUAAUUUAAUUCACUCUUUCGGCUGUUUUCUCUGUAUACUAUCUACAUUGUCCUUUAGAAGUAGUUAUUGAGGUGCCUUUGUACAAUAACGGUACACUUGGUGUCUUAAAUAAACUGUAAAUAAAA